CUUCCAGAUGCUCCGUUCUGAAGAAACAGAGAGGCCCAAUCCUAGUCCCACAGAGGACUGUGAAGACACGCGACUGUCCUUCAUGGAGCCAGGAAAGAAGGUCACUCUGGCCUUAAUCGUGCACAUGCUGGAAGAAUGAAGUCUAGACCCUGGGGGGAGGGGCAGGCAGGGGAGGGUGCCCAAGAGAGAAGGGACUUUGGCGAACCCAUCAGCUGGACCUAUAGGACCCAAAAGAUGACUCAGUGGGAAAAGUCAGGAGGUGUGUUUUCCAUCCCCUUGCCUCCAGGUGUGGUUAGGCCAUUAACCAUAGGCCAGCCACAAGGAAGUUUAUUUUCUUUCUGCUUAUGACUAUACCUUCGUGACAUUCCAGGAGAUUGCCAAGCAUGCCUAUUACAACCCAGUAUGAUCAGCCUGGAGUAAACACAAGGGGCUGGGGGAGCUCUCCAGAGGUCACCUAACCCAGCAGGGCAUGGGGUGGGGCAGGUGGAGGGGGUUGUGAGAGGAUCAGGGCAGACUUCCUGGAGGCAGUGAAGCUUGAACAAGAACCACUGUGAGAAAGACAGCAAGGCAUGCCCCACUCCAGGAGUUAAACCAUCCAAGUCGGGAAAUCCUGGAUAGCCUGAGGGAUGUGCAGAAGUCUUCGGCUCGAAGGAUCAGGAGCGUCCGUUGAAGGCAGGAUAUGUCAUCAAGGGGCAGCGCGGCAUGUCACAGAGGAAGAAGGUGCAUGCGUAGAGAGGUCCUCCGCGCUGCGACCAAGCUCAUAAAAGGCAAAAAAGCGUGUGUGGUUUUCGCCCUGCGGCGAAUCUUCGAACGCAAGCGCGUUGUUAUCCGCAGACUUUGAAAAGCAUUCGAGGGACCGCGCGCCUGCUCCCGCUGUCGCAGUUUCCAGCGCGACGUGCUGUUCCACCCGUGGCUCGGCGCCCCCGUAUACCACACCAUGGCCCUCGUGUCUGCUGAUUCCCGCAUUGCAGAACUGCUCACAGAGCUCCAUCAGCUGAUCAAGCAAACCCAGGAAGAGCGUUCGAGGAGCGAACACAACUUAGUGAACAUCCAAAAGACCCACGAGCGGAUGCAGACAGAGAACAAGAUCUCUCCCUAUUACCGGACAAAGCUGCGUGGCCUCUAUACAACCGCCAAGGCCGAUGCAGAGGCUGAGUGCAACAUCCUCCGGAAAGCCCUAGAUAAGAUUGCGGAAAUCAAGUCUCUGUUGGAAGAGAGGCGGAUUGCGGCCAAGAUCGCGGGCCUGUACAAUGACUCGGAGCCCCCUCGGAAGACCAUGCGCAGGGGGGUGCUGAUGACCCUGCUGCAGCAGUCAGCCAUGACCCUGCCCCUGUGGAUCGGGAAGCCUGGUGACAAGCCCCCGCCCCUGUGUGGGGCCAUUCCAGCUUCUGGGGACUACGUGGCCAAACCUGGGGACAAGGUGGCUGCCCGGGUGAAGGCUGUGGAUGGGGAUGAGCAGUGGAUCCUGGCCGAGGUGGUCAGUUACAGCCAUGCCACCAACAAGUAUGAGGUAGAUGACAUUGACGAAGAAGGCAAAGAGAGACACACCCUGAGCCGCCGGCGGAUCAUCCCACUGCCGCAGUGGAAGGCCAACCCGGAGACAGACCCUGAAGCCUUAUUCCAGAAGGAGCAGCUCGUGCUGGCCCUGUAUCCCCAGACCACCUGCUUCUACCGUGCCCUAAUCCACACGCCCCCGCAACGGCCCCAGGAUGACUAUUCGGUCCUGUUUGAAGACACCUCCUAUGCAGAUGGUUACUCGCCUCCCCUCAAUGUGGCCCAGCGGUACGUGGUGGCUUGUAAGGAGCCCAAGAAAAAGUGAAGCGGCCUCGCAACCUCCUGACACCCUCGAAGGGGAUGCACACAAGAUUCUGUGAUCGAAUAAAUAUUCCUCCUCCCUUG